GUGGCCUUUAUGACGGGCUUUGGCGUCUCCGCCGUGCACGGACUGCCAGACACGCAACUUUUGUCCUUUGGCGAGAUGGCUCGCACCGCUGCAACUGUAUGCGAGUCUUUGCGCAAUGUUCCGUGCAUUGGCGACGGUGACACGGGCUACGGCAACGCCAUGAACGUUAAACGAACCGUCCGUGCGUAUGCACAGGCGGGUAUGGCCGGCAUCAUGCUGGAAGACCAAGUCUCCCCCAAGCGAUGCGGACACACGGCCGGCAAAGCCGUUGUCUCUCGAGAAGAGGCUUUUGCACGGGUACGUGCGGCUGUGGACGCCCGUAGAGAGGGACAGUUCGACAUUGUCAUCAUGGCGAGGACGGACGCCAGAGGAACCCACUCAUUGGACGAGGCCAUUGCUCGCUGCAAAGAAUUUGCCAGACUCGGAGCGGACAUCACGUUCCUUGAAGCGCCACAGUCUGUAGAAGAGAUGGAGACGUACUGUAGAGAAGUACCAGGCCCUAAAAUGGCCAAUAUGGUGGAAAACGGCCUCACACCGGUGCUGUUGCCCGAACAGCUUGGCAACAUGGGCUACAAACUGGCAGCGUAUCCGAUUACACUGCUAAGCGCCAGUAUCAAGGCGAUGGAGGAAGCGCUGAGACUGCUCAAGUGUCAAACCGGUGGAGAGAAGAAGGAAGAGACGGGGAAUAACGCGACUCCGAGCACUGAGCUGGACAAACUGCUGUGCGACUUUGCACACGUGAAAGAUGUCGUGGGCUUUACGGAGUAUUACGCGGAGGAAGAUCGUUACAAGCAGUGAAUAAACAGUCGUACACGGGAGUUUAACAUUGAAUGAACGACACGAUUUCAUGACAAAAAAGGUAACAACUACAUCGUCAGACUUGGCGAACAGCUAGGUAUGAACAGGAAUACGACGACGACCGAGGAUGAAAUCUACUCAGAGCGCAGCCUGCGGUACUGGGACAUUGCGCCAGCAUUCGCAUUCGCAUUAGCGUUCGCACUCGCUGUGGCACCAGCGUUUGCAUUGGCGGCCGCACCACCACCAACUCCUGCAUUGCCCACACCCACGCCGUUGUAGCCGUUGUAGCCAUCGCCACCGACGCCACCGACGCCAACACCAACGCCACCCACCCCCACACCAGCGCCCACACCACCAACACCAGCUCCAGCACCAACACCCACCCCAGCGCCCGGUCCAUACCACCCAGCACGGUUACCGUACAGACCGGCACCAACACCUGCACCUGCACCGCCGUACAGUCCAGCUCCAAGUAGCCCAAAUGUCUGGGCAGCCUCUUCCUUGGCGUGCGCGCCACCGGAGAAGGUUACGACGGCGAGGCAAAGAGCGGAGAUCUUGUUGUAAUUGAACAUGGCGAUGCUUGGAAUGAAUGCUGUUCUUGUUCUUGGUUGCCUUGUCCUUGAGGAGGGUUGUUUAAUGUACACUCGAGAGAGAAGAUUUGGAUAUGAGCCGAUCCGUUGGAAAGAGAAGACCAUCGGAGGUAUCGAAGCAGUACUUCAUCGGCAGAAGCAGGAGGCGUGCGAAUCGGCUUCGUUCGAAGGUGCAGACUUCCAGAUGACCAUUUGCCCAGCGUUUGCCAUAUGUGUUGACCAUUUCGAUUCGGAGACUGCAUGGCGCAACACUUCAACUUGACGCAUACAAAUGUCAGU